UAUACAACCGAGCAAUGCCACCAGCCUAAUGUUUACAUCUGCUGGCACUACUUGACGGCUGUCAACGUCAGUUGUCAGUUGGGUGUACCGUUAGUACGGUGUUUAUCAAAACAGAUCAGCCCACUUUUGGGUGGCAAGUCGCAAAAAGUGUGUUAUUCAAAGAAAGAGGAAAGAACUCUGUACAGUGCGCUGCGCUUCAUAUUUUAGCCAAUAGGUAAAGGCUUGUGUUGUAAAGUUGUAUGUUUGUUACCAGAAUCCUGCAUCAUCUGUGCACCCAGUCCAGUCCAACGUUGCCCCUGCUGACCUCCUUUCCUUCACGGCUCGCACCCCAUUUGCUCAGUGUUUGUUGCUGUUCCUGUUUGACCGUUUAAAGAUGUCCCUUUCGAGACCGCUGUAUAACCUGCUCGGUUCCUAUCUGGAACAACUCUUCGAGCAUCCGCUACGCACGAAAGCUUUAACGAGCUGCGUUAUUGCAUCGUCCGCCAACUUGGUCUCACAGAAGCUGGGUGGUGCCAAGCAGGUGAACACGGACUCGGUGCUGGCGUACGGGCUGUUCGGGCUGAUCUUUACCGGUCCACUGUCGCAUUUCUUCUACAGCUGGUUGGAUCGCAUCACGAACGAUAGCCGGUUCAAGAAGCUGCUGAUGCUGCUGGGCGAACGGGCGCUGUUUGCGCCAGUCAUCACGGCACUCUCGCUGUACUUUAUCUCACGGUUUGAGUACAAAAGUCACGAUGAAGCGUUCGUCAAUUUGAUUACCCAGUAUCGGAGCAUUCUGCGGGGCAAUUGGAAAUAUCUGACGCUGCCCGUGUUUAUCAACUUCAACUACAUUCCGCCGAUGUUGCGCGUUCUCUUCGCAAACAUCAUUGGCUUCUGCUGGAUGGUUGUGCUGUCCACCAAGCGAAGGAAAGCGGAGCAGCGUCGCCAGGCUCAGGAGAAGAGCAAGUCUGUCUGAUCUUCCCAACCUUCUCGACCGCUGGAAGACCAUCGAACUGAACUGAAACAGAACUUGACCGGCUAAGCCCAGUCCGACAACUGCAUUUGAUUGUAUCAUUUAAUUCCAGUGCACACACACACACAUUUUUUCUGGUGGAAAAGAAACGAAAAUCAGCACGCAGUGCUAUUGGAUAGAUAAGGGGUUUGGGAAAAAGAAGAAAAAAGAACGUUUUAUCUAUUAAGUGUUCAAGUGGAUAUUGUUUUGUUUUAAAUAGUCAAAAAUAAAAGCGCCAUCAAACUGACAUUUUUAAAGCAUAA